AUGGCGUUCCGUCGAGAUUUUGCCAGUAAUUACCAGUUUCUUGGCGCUGCAUUUAAUGGAGACCUCAACCUACUGAAAAGACAGGCAAAUGAACUUGAUAUGGGAGAUGGUUUAGAGGAAACAGUAGCAAACAUCAAGGAUUUGAAUGGUCGAACUGCACUGCAUUUUGCUGCAGUAGGAGGAAGGGCUCAUGUUUGCCGGUACCUUACGGCAGAAGCUAAACUAGAUGUUAAUGCGAGAGAUGGGAAAGGUGAAACUCCUUUGCACAAUUCUAUUACAGCAGAUCGUUAUCCAACCGCAGUUCAUCUUCUUGAGAAUGGGGCAAACCCGAAUGCAGCAACCGACAGCGGACUCACUCCUCUCCAUUACGCUGCAAAGUCAGGGUUGAAGAAAUUUCUAUUACUGCUGAUUUUGAAAGGUGCUGAAGUGGAUGCAAAAGCUGAUUCUGGCACGCCAUUGAAGUGGGCUGCAAUUCAUGGUCAGAAAAAAGCUGUUAAAAUCUUGUUGGAUAAUCAUGCAGAUGCUGGAGCUGAUCCAAACACUUGCUCUCUUGGGAUGACACCGUUAGAAGUGGCAGCUUCUAACGGGGAGACACAAGUUAUAAGAUGCUUGCUGAAUGCCGGAUCUGAUCCAAAUGUGACUAAUAGUCUUGGUUUAACACCAGUUGAAGUUGCUGCUUUAGGUGGUCAUAUUGAGGAUGUCAGAAUUCUCUUGCCAGUUACAUUUCCUAUUCCAAAAGUUACUGACUGGAGCUUUGAUGGAAUUAUGAAGUAUGUUAACUCAGAAAAGUUCGAAAGAAAGAGGAAACUCAGAAAAUUGGAGCAUUUUUUUCUGUCAACAUCUAAGGGAGAAGAUGCAUUCGUGAGAAAGGAUUAUGUUAACGCCAUCCGUUGGUAUACGGAGGUGAGCUCUUGA